AUGCCCGUGUCUGCGGGGGCUCAAUUGGACCUCUUUGUUCUCUUCAGCUCCAUGUCUGGCAUUAUAGGUCAACCUGGACAAGCGAACUAUGCCAGUGCUAAUACCUUUUUCGAUGCAUUUGUUCAGUAACGAAAUAACCAAGGCAUACCGGAAUCUUCAAUUGACAUAGGCGCCGUAGAUGGAAUUGGGUACAUGUCCCAGACAUCAGGUCUGAUGCAAAAGAUGGAUGGAGCAUGGUUCAAACCAGCUAAGAAAGAGGAAUUACUCGAUGCAUUGAUGGUAGCCAUGCAACCUCAACAGCCUCAAGAAGACGAGCCCCACAAAACAGAAGCUCGAUUUACCGAGCUGGACACAUUUGUCCUCGGGCUGAGCUCACAAUACCACUCAAUGACUCCGCAAACAGGGCAUUAUGGAAGCGAGACCGUCGCAUGGCAAUCUACCACAACACCAGUUUUCUCCCGUCCUCAGUCUCAGCAGCCACAUCUUCCCUCAAAAGCUACAUCGCCAAUGCCAGAACCGAGUCGUCGAUUCUCAAGAGCCAAGAGGCGGGUUCAUUCUUUGCGCAAGAAAUUGGGAAAAAGCUGUUUCAGUUGUUACUGAAGCCAGAUCAGGAACUGAACACAGAAAUGACGUUGGUUGAUUUGGGAGUGGAUUCGCUUCUGGGGAUUGAGCUGAGGCAGUGGAGACAGGUUUUUGGAUUCGAUAUUAGUGUGUUGGAAAUGCUGGGUACCGGUACUCUGGAUGCACUAGGUAAGUUCGCGGCAAAAGGGCUGGCGAAAGAGUUCAAUCGGUGA